AAUCCGAGAGUCACGCGGUUAUUUUAGAAAAAGAAAAAAGAUUUUGUUUGUUUAAUUUUGUAGGGGUUAUGGCUGAUUUCUCGUCCUCGUGCUCCGGCGGCGCGCGCGCGCCCGCUCGCUCGCGGAUGUCCACGUUGAGGAGGGUGUAAAAAUAAGAAUAAAGCCACCAAUAUGGGCAAUAAGCGUGAAAUAUCCAGUCUCCCGAAGGGCUUUGUGGCGCCGUGGCCGUAUUUUUCGGCGUGUUUUCGACACGACAGCCGUGCGUUCUGUGAGGAAGCUGGAGGAGCGCGGGCACGAGGCGUCCCUUCUUUGUCAGCAGCCCACGCUGCGUCCGCUCCUCUUCUCAGCCUCUGUUUUUGGGACGUUUUGGGGGCUCUCGGGGUGCCGUUGUGGAGAGUUGGACCCGGGGGCUGAAGGACACUGGGCCGAGCACGCCGUGGGCGCCCACGGGGUGGGGGAUGGGAAAUAAUAAUAAUUAAAAAAAAAAAAAAAAAACCACACACACGUACACAUACAAAUUCCACAGUGUUACUCUGAAGUAACAACGCGAGGGCGGCUGUGUGUGUGUGACCUUCUCCGUCGAGUGUGCCCACCUGUCACGCAGACCUCAUACGUUGAGGUUGGCUAAGAUGAGUAUAACCAGUGAUGAAGUCAACUUCUUGGUUUACAGAUAUCUCCAGGAAUCAGGUUUCUCUCACUCUGCAUUCACGUUUGGCAUUGAGAGCCACAUCAGCCAGUCCAACAUCAACGGGACGCUGGUGCCCCCUGCUGCACUCAUCUCCAUCCUGCAGAAGGGCCUUCAGUAUGUAGAGGCUGAGAUCAGCAUCAAUGAGGAUGGAACUGUGUUUGAUGGUCGGCCGAUCGAGUCGCUAUCGCUCAUCGACGCUGUGAUGCCAGACGUUGUGCAAACACGGCAGCAGGCGUUCCGCGACAGGUUGGCCCAGCAGCAGGCUGGCGCCGCAGCCGCUGGCAUCCAGCAGAACGUAUCCAAGAAUGGAGAGACUGCCGUCAACGGCGAGGACAGCAGGGGGCACAUCUUGAAUAACCAUACAGAGCCCAUGGAGGUGGACGGGGACGUGGAAAUCCCUGCCAGUAAAGCCACGGUGCUAAGGGGACAUGAGUCAGAGGUCUUCAUCUGCGCCUGGAACCCUGUGAGCGACCUACUGGCCUCGGGGUCAGGAGACUCAACGGCGCGGAUAUGGAACCUGAACGAGAACGGCAGCAGUGGCUCCACCCAGCUGGUGCUCAGGCAUUGCAUCCGGGAGGGAGGCCAGGAUGUCCCCAGUAAUAAGGACGUCACCUCCCUGGACUGGAAUAGUGAAGGAACUCUCUUGGCCACGGGAUCAUAUGAUGGUUUUGCAAGGAUAUGGACUAAAGACGGUAAUCUGGCGAGCACUUUGGGGCAACACAAAGGUCCUAUUUUUGCACUAAAGUGGAACAAGAAGGGAAACAGCAUACUCAGUGCAGGAGUGGACAAGACCACCAUCAUCUGGGAUGCUCAUACUGGCGAAGCCAAACAGCAGUUCCCAUUUCACUCAGCUCCUGCAUUGGAUGUAGACUGGCAGAACAAUACAACCUUUGCCUCCUGCAGCACGGACAUGUGCAUCCACGUGUGUCGGCUGGGCAGCGACCGGCCACUGAAGACCUUUCAGGGACACACGAACGAAGUCAACGCCAUCAAGUGGGACCCAUCUGGCAUGCUGCUGGCUUCAUGCUCGGAUGAUAUGACCCUCAAGAUCUGGAGUAUGAAGCAGGACUCAUGCGUGCAUGACCUCCAGGCGCACAGUAAGGAGAUUUACACCAUCAAGUGGAGCCCCACGGGGCCCGGGACCAGCAAUCCCAACUCAAACAUCAUGCUUGCGAGUGCGUCCUUUGACUCAACGGUGCGACUGUGGGAUGUGGAGCGUGGUAUCUGCAUCCAUACCCUCACUAAGCACCAAGAGCCUGUGUACAGCGUGGCCUUCAGCCCCGACGGCAAGUUCCUGGCCAGUGGUUCUUUUGACAAGUGUGUGCACAUCUGGAACACCGUGAGCGGAGCCUUGGUUCACAGCUAUCGAGGGACAGGAGGAAUUUUUGAAGUGUGCUGGAACAGCACAGGAGAGAAGGUUGGGGCCAGUGCAUCUGAUGGAUCGGUGUGUGUCCUUGACCUUCGGAAAUAGCUUCCCAGCAGUGAUUUAGAAGACACAACUUGGAAUGUGUGGCAGGACGCCCCCUCAAAUCCGCCGUGGCGGUUUGAUGUCGAAAGACCUUGCUGUUGCAAAUCUGUGUGAACGCAAAGUAGACCGCACCAUGGCGAAGCAGACCACACACCCCCCUCUCCCCCCCCUGCCAAAACACUCACCUCCCUGUGCCAGACACGAAGCCAGAGAAUGGCAAGGACCCAAACGGCUGUGCAACAAGAAAUCCACACUUUGAAAACCAAAAGGAAGGAAAGGAAGCCACGGGAAUGAAGCAGGUUUGCGUCAUUGUGGGAACUCUGGUGCCUUAGGUAAGAGUGAGCGUUCGACGGCGAGUCACGUCGGCACGUCGGAGAAGGGGGUGCAGUACUUGGCCACACUGAUGGAUGGGCAGAUCUGCAGCAAACAGAGGAAGGCUCUUCACCUGCAUUUUGAUGGUGCUCUGAAGAACUGGCACACUAGGAGCUCCGUCAAAGGAGGAGACCGGUGUAUGUGUAUUUUUGAGAGGCAGACGUUUAUAUGUCUAGUUUUCUAUGUACAGGUUUGGAGAGCACACGGGAGAAGAAGGAAUACACUGCUUUCGUUGUUGUUCUCAGCUAGAAUGACAUCUUCUGGUGUGAGCAUUUGUGAUCUCUCUCAGGACAUCGUGACGGCUCUAUAGUUCUCCUUUAUGGAGAAUUGCUCUAGUUCCAAGUGUAGCACUCAUUGUUAGAACCCCCAUCCAAUAUUGUUUUUAAAUUGAACUUCUGGAAGGUGAAAAAUGUUUUAUAAGGUUAUUUCACAUAGGUCUGUUACUAACAUCGGUAUCGGUGACAAAACUGCCAAAACUUUUUUUUUUUUUUUUUUUUUUUUUUUGCCCCAUCCCCCGAUAUUCAAAUUAACAAGAAGCUUUCUACAGAAAUGAGUACUUGUACACACACCAAUUAGUAAUUCUGUAUUCCUCCUUCUGGAUGUAAAUUUUAAAUGAAUGUACAUGUUUGUAAAUUAGAUGAACACACAAAUUUAUAUACUGUGUAUAUGUGUUUAUAUACAGUACAAGUUCUAGUCUUUCAGAGGCGCUGCACACCUGGGUUCUGCUUUUCUUUCACAAGCAUGAUUAGAACUACAGAAAUGCCCUCUUUGGGAAUUGUUUUGCAAUUCUCGUAACCCCCCCCCGACUUUGGCUUGUGACGGGCUGAGUCUGCCAUCACAGAUGAUCAGGAUGGGACAUAUGAGUGUUAACAGCACUAUCAGUGACUGGGAUUAGGUGGUUUCUUCUUGAACUGAAUGAGUCGGACUGGUUGUAAGGUCAGAGCUCACAUGUUCUUAUUGUGUGUCCCUGGAGGGUCUUCAGCGGCGUAACUGUAAGGAAUCGCAAGCUUAUGGAUGUCAGAGAUGUAUUAAGGGGAAGGGGGGGGUUGUUAAGAUUCUUCUGUUAUGUUCUCUGUCAUCUGUAGCUGGUCCUUAUUUUUGACUAGUCAACUAGAUGUCUUCUGUUAGCACUCAGUUCUCUAACAUUGUGUCCCGUUUCCUCUCAGCUAAGACUGGCUGCUGACCCUCCAUUGCCUGUCGUCAUGAUUGUUUAUUAUUGAAUGUCAGCUGUCUGCUUUGAGAUGCAGCUGAUUUAAACACUCAUUGCACAGCAUACACAGGUAUUCCCCCAAUGGCUCCUCUGCUCUUUUUGCUUUAGUGACCCUGAUUUGAGAGAAAUGUGAAGUGCACUUUGUCAUGUGGUAACAUCUGCUUUUGUCAUCACCUUUUUUCUUUAAAAAAAUCUUACUGAGGGGGCAGUCAGCAGUCUGCUGCUGUCCCACUUCCUUGUCUAGCUGAGAGCUGUACGGCCUCUGCUGCCAUUGCCGUCUGUGUCAGAUGGAGGAGCGGACCGUGAUGGCGCGGUGCAAUGGGCGAGGGGGUUCUAGAGGUCACACGACAGCUUCCUGUGUCACCUCUGCACAGGGUCGGGUCAUUUCGUCUCCAAUAUGUUUCAAAUAA